CUGAGCUGUCUGUGCACCGAUUCAUCUGAGAGCCCGUCAUGGGACACUCGGCUGUCCUCCUCGCUGUGGCCCUGGCCAUCCUCCCCGCUUGUGGGACUGGGGCUCCUCUCCAAAGGCGGCACAAGCUGCUCCUCGUGUCCUUCGAUGGCUUCCGCUGGAACUAUGACCAAGAUGUGGACACCCCUAACCUGGACACCAUGGCCCAAGAAGGGGUGAAGGCGAGAUACAUGACUCCUGCCUUUGUCACCAUGACCAGCCCCUGCCAUUUUACACUAGUCACUGGCAAAUACAUCGAGAACCAUGGGGUGGUCCACAACAUGUUCUACAACACCACCACCAAGGUGCGGUGGCCCUACCACACCACGCUUGGUAUCCAGAGCUGGUGGGACAAUGGCAGCAUACCCAUCUGGAUCACAGCCCAGAGGCAGGGCUUAAAAACGGGCUCCUUCUUCUAUCCCGGCGGGAACGUCACCUACCAAGGGGAGGCCGUGACGAUGAGCCGUAAGGAAGGCAUCUUUCACAAUUACAAAGACGAGAAGGAGUGGAGGGAAAAUGUGGACACUGUGAUGAGGUGGUUCACGGAGGACGACGCGGACCUGGUCACCCUCUACUUCGGGGAGCCAGACUCCACUGGCCACAGAUACGGCCCUGAGUCCCAGGAGAGGAAGGACAUGGUGCACCAGGUAGACAGGACUGUGGGUUACCUCCGGGACAGCAUCAAGAACCACAGCCUCUCAGAGAGCCUCAACCUGAUCAUCACGUCAGACCACGGCAUGACAACCGUCCACAAGGAAGCCAGCGACCUGGUGGAGUUCCACAAAUUCCCCAACUUCACCUUCCAGGACAUCGAGUUCGAACUCUUAGACUACGGGCCCAAUGGGAUGCUGAUCCCCAAGGAAGGGAUGCUGGAGAAGGUAUACGGUGUCCUCAAGGAUGCCCACCCCAGGCUGCAUGUGUACAAGAAGGAAGACUUUCCCAAGAGCUUCCACUACGCCAACAACCCCAGAAUCACGUCCCUGCUCAUGUACAGCGACCUCGGCUACGUCAUCCAUGGGAGAGUGAGUGUCCAGUUCAACAAAGGUGAACAUGGUUUCGACAACCAAGACAUGGACAUGAAGACCAUCUUCCGGGCGGUGGGUCCCAGCUUCAAGGCAGGCCUAGAGGUGGAGCCCUUUGAGAGCGUCCAUGUGUACGAGCUCAUGUGCCACCUGCUGGGCAUUGUGCCCGAGCCCAACGAUGGGCACCCUGGCACCCUGCAACCCAUGCUCCUAUCAGGGUCCGCUCUCCCACUUGGCGGUCAACGCCGCUUGGUGAUGGCAUUGAUGGGGAUCCUAAUGGUUCUGGCCAAGGUCACAUAAUGCCCCACUCGGUCAAGUUCAGAAGGCAGAGGAGGCUGAAAGAAUGAAGCCAAGACUCUCCCGCUUCCUGCUUCUCAGCCAGAGUCCCUUCCCCUGCAGGACCCCUUCAGCUCCCUGACCUUCCCCUCCCCCACUUCGCCCACUCCCACCUCCAGCCCAGCAGCCAGAAUGCAGCUUCUGGAUGAUUCCACCACGCUGGUGACUCCAACCAGCCUGGCAGCCAGAGAACCGCACGCUCUUGGGGUCCCUUCCAGCACAGGCUUGGAGGACAUCUCUGCAAAGCAGACAGGUCAUCAUAUCCCCCCACCAACAACCCUACUGCCCUCCCUCUAGAUGUUACCCACUCCUUCCUGCCACCAUUCAGAGCUCCAGUGGAGAGGACUCCAAACCUCACACUAAACUGGUUUCAGGAGAACUACAAGGGGAGCUGGUCCCAGAGUGCCCCAGGAGCCAGCCUCAGUCUGAGGACAUCCCAGAAUGAGAAGUGACAAGACCACCCUGUUUCUCCGUCCUGUGCAGUCACAACCUGAUGGGGGAAGUCCUUCUGUGUAGAUGCUGUCCUAUUUGUUGAUAAAUAAAGCACUGUUGGCCAA